AUGGCGACCGCCACCGUGUCCGCCGCCGCCGACGCCGGCCUGCGGCGCGAGACAUACCACGAAGCCGACGUCGUCGUCGUCGGCGCCGGCGUGUUUGGCUGCGCGGCGGCGUACGCGCUCGCCGAGCAGGGCCGCUCCGUCAUCCUCCUCGAGCGGUGGAUGCGCGAGCCCGACCGCAUCGUCGGCGAGCUGCUGCAGCCGGGCGGGCUCGCGGCGCUCAAGAAGCUCGGGCUCGGGCACUGCGUCGACGGCAUCGACGCCGUCCCCUGCAAGGGCUACAACGUCAUCUACCACGGCGAGCCGUCGCUCAUCCCCUACCCGCCCGUCGACGACGCCGGCGACGUGCCCUUCAAGUGGUCCGGCUCCGGCACCGAUGGCGACGGCAAGCGGCCCGAGGGCCGCAGCUUCCACCACGGCCGCUUCAUCACGCAGCUGCGCAAGGCGUGCCUCGCCCACGCCAACAUCACCGUCGUCGAGACCGAGGUGACGAGCACCAUCCGCGGCGAGCACUCGGAGCAGGUCCUCGGCGUCGAGUCGCGCACCACGGACCCCGAGACGGGCGCCAAGAAGCCAGACUACUUCUUCGGCCAGCUGACCAUCAUCGCCGACGGCUACGACUCCAAGUUCCGCAAGCAGAUCCUCGGCACCAAGUCGGUCGUCAAGAGCAAGUUCUACGCCCUCGAGCUCAUCGACUGCCCCCUGCCGCAGGAGAACUUUGGCCACGUCAUCAUUGGCAACGCUUCCCCCAUCCUCCUCUACCAGAUCGGCACUCACGAGACGCGCGCCCUCUUCGACGUGCCCCAGGGCCUGCCCGAGGCGGCCCCCGCCGCCGGCGGCGUGCGCGGCUACAUCAAGAACGUGGCCAUCCCCGCGCUGCCGCAAGCGGUGCGCGCCACCGCCGAAAAGGCACUCGAGGACGGCAAGAUCCCCCGCAGCAUGCCCAACAGCUGGCUGCCGCCCACGCCCCAGUCGCAGCAGGGCGUCGUCCUGCUCGGCGACGCCUUCAACAUGCGCCACCCGCUGACGGGCGGCGGCAUGACCGUUGCCUUCAACGACGCCCUCCUCCUCGCCGAGCUGCUCCACCCCUCGCGCGUGCCCAACCUCGAGGACCCGGCCGUCGUCCGCCCCGCCCUCCUCGACUUCUACUGGCGCCGCAAGAAGUACACGUCCAUCAUCAACGUCCUCGCCCAGGCCCUCUACACCCUCUUCGCCGCAGACGACCGCCAGCUGCGCGCCCUCCAGCUCGGCUGCUUCGAGUACUUCCAGCGCGGCAUCACCGACGGGCCCUGCGGCAUGCUCGGCGGCAUCAUCCAGAUGCCCUCGGUGCUCGCCUACCACUUCUUCUCCGUCGCAUUUGUCGCCCUGUGGCUCAACGCCCGCACCGUCAUGAGCGGGCCCCUGGGGCCCCUCAAGCUGCCCCUCGCCCUCAUCGAUGCCAUCCUCAUCCUGUGGAGGGCUUCGGCCGUCUUCCUGCCGCUCGUCUUCCGUGAGGGCUUCCGGUGA